AUGCAUCUUUCAACUGGACUUACUGUUCUUCUUCUAUUUCUCGUUGAUAUUACAUUUGUACAGAGUAAACCUGUCAGUUCUGACUUGGAUGGUUUGAUGGUAUCAAUAGUUUCACACCCAUCAGUACAAAAAUUCAAUAAUCAAAUUAAAGAUGUUACUGCUAAGCUUGUCAAAGCUCUUUCAUCAUCUCAAUUAGAGGCACUGCAAAAUUCAGCUCUUCAGAUUGCUCAAGACUGUCUGGACGAAAAAGUAGAUGUUCAAACAGCUGUUGAUAAGUUAUUGAGCGAAGUUGGAAAAUAUCUAGACCCUAAAUCACAACUUUACAAGAGUAUUCAAACUCUUGUAUCACAAAUAGUUGCUGCUAUUCUUCCAGAUUUACCUAAUUUGGGAUUGAAUAUUGGCAAACGUGCAUCGAAUGGUCACCGUACCGAUCUUUCUGAUCUCAUCAAUCAACUGCAGUUGGGCAACUUAAAUUUAAACACUUUAUACACUAUGUUCCCUCGAUAUUCAGAUUUGAUGAACACAUUGUUCAGUGUUGCUACUGAUCUUCAGAAUGAAUUAUCACUAGCUGAAUUAGACUUAUUGUACGACUUAGCUUUUCAACUUGUUCAGGCUGUUCUAAAUGAACAAUUAGAUAUUCCUGCCGCUGUUAAUCAACUAUUCAACGAAUGUGCACAAUAUGCUGACUCUAAUCCAGAACUUGUUGCGAAUAUGAAAGAUCUUGCACCACAAGUAGUUGCUGCUAUUCUUGAAAUUUUAUCUGAUUUUGGAGUGACUAUUGGCAAACGUAAAUAA